AUGGGGGUCUCUGCAAAACAAGAAUGGGUGUCUCUCUUGUUGUUCUGGCUCAGCAUUGCUUUCAGCUUGUUAGUCGUUAGUCAUUCGGACGGUGAGACUGAUCAGAAGCCCUUCAUGAGUGAUUAUUGUCUACUCAGGGGAUGGCGGGUAUGCGGACGAGGCCUAAGUGGUGGUGGUGGUGACUUUGGAGGUGGAGGAGGUGGCGGUCGUGGUAGUGGAGGUGGAGGUUCUGGGCAUGGAGAUGGUUUUGGAGCUGGAGUUGGUGUAGGAGGUAGCGGUUCCAGCGGAGGAGGUGGUGGUGGUGGUGAAGAAGGUGGUGACAGUGGGGGUGCAGGAGGAGGAGGAGGUGGUGGUGGUGGUGAAGGUGCAGGAGAAGGUGGUUCUGGCCACGGGGAAGGAUUUGGAGCUGGAGCUGGUGCUGGUGUUGGGGGUGGAGCUGGAAACAUAGGAGGUGGUGGAGGUUAUGGUGGCGGCGGUGGUGGAGGUUACGGUGCAGGUCAAGGGUUUGGUCACGGUAGUGGGUACGGUGCCGGUGGUGGUGAAGGUGGAGGAGCUGGUGGCGUUAAUGGAGCUGGCAAUGGAAUUGGUGGAGGCUUUGGUAUUGGAAUGGGGUUCGGUAUAGGGAUGGGUGGUGGUUUUGGUGUUGGAUUUCGCAAUGGCGGUGGCCUCGGUGCUGCUUCUGCAGCUGCUGCUCUUGGUGGUGGUGGAAAACCUUGA